GCAUUCCGAUUCGUCCUCGAAAUUCUCUUUCUCUUCUUUUCCUGCGUUCGGCUCGUUGCGUCAGCAAAAAGAAUGUUUACCAAAUUAUUUGUCGAAGGUGAAAUUCGAAGAUGAAGAAUAGCCAAUUGUAGAUAUUUUUUUUCAACGUAAAUAGAAAACGAAAAUCUCCAAAUGUGUUUCUAGUUCAUGAACAAUGUCCACCCGAAUUCCUUCACAGAAAAAUGCCUGUUUGGGUGAAAAUUGCGAAUAUUCAGUCACAAUAAACGAGUCACGAGUCUCAAUAAUAAUUUUAUCGUUCACGAGCAUUUCAGGGUUGAUGAAGAGCCAGAAAAUCCUGAAUUCGUUGAUGGAGUUGGUUGGACGAUGAAAAUAACAGGAAAAGAAGAAAAUGAAGCGGAAGUUUGUGGAAUGAGAGAUCAUAGGAUGAGAUGCAAACUAGGAAGAUUGGCAGAGUUGUAAAUUGAAGGCGAGGGGAUCGUAAAUUUUCAGUGGAUCGUGAUAAAGCGAUGGUCGAACACGCCUCGAUGAGCUGGAAAGCACACAAACGCCAAACGACGCUGGAAAAACUGAAGAAUUGUCCGAAAUUUCGAGGAGCUUACGAAUAAGGAGGAAAUUAAAUGACGAGCUUGGAGAAGCUGGACUCGCUUGAUUGCUCACAGAUUUGCAAACUCGUCAAACUUUGUUCCCCGCAGGAGUCUGCUUUCCCGUCAUUCACGCUUCCUUCCUGAGAGUCACGAAGCGAGAAACGAAAAAUCCGUGAGACAGCGUGCGGGCUCGAUCAACGCGACAAUGAAAUCAUCUCACUAAUGAUAGCGAUCCCGGAAACGUUCCGCUAAUCGUUUAUUAAUUAAUUGGCGGUCGGCUUUGGAGCGAGUACGUGACGUAAGCACGUAAACACGGAUAAGGGAUUAUCGAUAAAACGAAGUUUUCUUCCCACGAACUUGUAUCGUUUAUCUGACGAGUUGACUGCCUAGGAAAAUCUAUAUAAGAAGCUUUUCACCGAUUCGGUUAUGCAGUUAUUUCCAUUUGAUCUUCCGGCACGCGAAAAACUUGGAAAACAGAUUUUUUCAUUGGCACCAACUCCGGAGCUGUUUCGAACUCGAAAGGAUCGUCGGCAAGGCAAGAGAUGAGAAGCCUCGUACUUUUGGUUGCAGCCUGCUUGGCCCUGACGGCGCACGCCUCAGGAGAGAAAAAGAUCGUUUGCUACAUGGGCGGUUGGGCCGUGUACCGUCCCGGGCUGGGCAAGUUCAACAUCGAAGACAUCCAGCCCCAGCUCUGCACUCAUUUGAUCUACACGUUCGUCGGGCUCGUUGGAAACGACAUAAAAGUUCUCGACGCCUGGCAAGACCUUCCGGACAACUGGGGCAAGGAUGCCUUCGGCCGUUUCAACGCCCUCCGCAAGUUGAGCCCGAGCACGAAGACCCUCAUCGCGAUCGGGGGCUGGAACGAAGGCUCUCAAAAGUAUUCCCAGAUGGCUUCAAGCGCAAAGUCUCGAAGCGAGUUCGUCGCGAACGCGGUCGCCUUCACGAAGAAACACAACUUCGACGGCUUCGAUUUGGACUGGGAAUACCCCGCUCAGCGCGGAGGCUCACCCGCUGACGUUCAGAACUUCGUCGCUCUCGUCAAAGAGAUGAGAGAGGCCUUCGACAAGGAAGGAUUGCUCCUGACCGCCGCGGUCGGAGCCGCCAAAUCCUCGGCCUCUCAGUCCUACGACAUUCCCCAAAUCUCCAAAUACCUUCACUUCAUAAACCUGAUGACCUACGACCUUCACGGCUCCUGGGAGCCCCAGACGGGCAUCAACGCACCGCUCUACCCGGCUGCCUCCGAAACUGGACUCUCCAGGGAAUUGACUGUCGAUGCCUGCGUCAAAUACUGGUUGGCCCAAGGAGUAGACCCCGAGAAGCUCGUCCUCGGUGUCGCGUCCUACGGAAGAACGUUCACCUUAGCAAAUCCUUCGAACAACGGCGUCGGUGCCCCGACCCAGGGACCCGGAUCAGCUGGGCCCUACACUCGUGAGUCAGGAUUCUACGGAUACAAUGAAAUUUGCGACAUGCAGAGCAGCGCAGAGUGGACCGUGGUCUUCGACAAGGAGAGACGCUGCCCGUACGCUUACAACGGCAAGCAAUGGGUCGGCUACGACAACGUCGAGUCGAUCAAGGAGAAGGCCGAAUACGCGAAGAAAAUGGGACUCGGUGGUGCGAUGAUCUGGUCCAUUGAGACCGACGACUUCAGAGGCAAAUGCGGCGAAAGCUACCCGCUCAUCAAAACCCUCAACCACGUUCUCCGCAACGGAGUCCAAGUCUCCGAGCGCCCGACUCUACCGCCCCGCAGCACGGAAGCCCCCGCGACUGGCGCAUCGAGCCCCGUCACCGAAGGGCCCCAACCGACCACCCCCGAGACCGUCAACAACAGCGGAGACUGCAAAGCUCCAGGAAACAUUCCCGACCCGAACAACUCCUCGCAGUUCUUCCAGUGCGUUCCCCAGGCCGAUGCCGGAUACACGAGAAUCACAGUCCCGUGCGCCCAUGGACUCGUCUUCAACCCUUCCGCUGGCAUCUGCGACUGGAAAUCCUCGAGCUACUGAAACAAUCCCCAGGCCUUCGGAAUGACGCGGCUUCGUUCCAGCUCUGAAUAAUCGGACGCAAAAUCCUCUUGUGAUAAAUAACAUUCACCAAGUCCUCGAAUUUUUCGUACUUGCUCUCGAUCAAGUUCGCAAUCCACUAGCUCUAGAUCGUAGUUUUUUAAAUCUAUUCAAUCUGAUAAGGAAUAAAUAUUUAUGAAGCUAA